UCUUCUUCUCAAAGCGUCAAAUUGAAGCGUCAGCACUGUUAAAGCGUGUGAGAGAGACCAGAGAGAGAGAAGACUGAUUAAACUCCUGGUGUUCGGGUAAUAACAGAGUUACGGAGAGACAGAGGAUGACUCAGGGCUCGGGGAAGAAGAGAGAAGAGCUUCAUGUGGCGAACGGAGGACUGAAACAAUCCACAUGGAGCAAAGCGCUGAGCAGCAGAGCGGUGUGGGAGGACAAGGAUGAGUUUUUAGACGUGGUGUACUGGCUCAGGCAGAUUAUCGCCAUUAUCCUGGGAGUCAUCUGGGGCAUCGUCCCGCUCAAAGGCUUCCUGGGAAUCGCCAUCUUCUGCAUGCUGAACGCCGGCGUCCUGUAUCUUUACUUCAGCAGCUUCCAGCAGGUGGACGAGGAGGAGUACGGAGGAACCUGGGAGCUUACCAAAGAAGGCUUCAUGACUUCAUUUGCUUUAUUUCUGGUGAUGUGGAUAAUCUCCUACACGGCGCUGCACUAUGACUGAGGUCCGGUGGAGGACCCGCUCUAAAGCAGCGCGGUGCGCUCGGCAGGACGGUGGGGUCCGGGGACGGGCCGCACACGGCCAGCACUGGGCUUCACACACACCAACAGCAGCACACCUGAGCCUCCUGACCCAGGUGCAUCGUGGGUACUCUGCUCUGAACCACUCACUUCCUGAUCGGCGGCUCAUGGAGUUUCAAGCUAACGCCCGUCCAGUGCGCUGCCAUGUGUUCUGAUUCGACACUACUCUCUCUCUCUCUCUCUCUCUCUCUCUCUCUUCCUCUCUUCCUCUCUUUCUCUCUGUGAAUGUCUUUAUAUUUAGUUUGUAAUUUAAAUUUCAUUCAUUUCCUAUGACUCUGGUCUUGCCUCAUAGGUCUUGCUAAUUUAAAAUUGAGUGUAAAUUAUGUAUAGUUUCCAUUUUAAAGCUGUGUUUUUUUUCCUCACUUUUUUCACUAGUUUCUCACCUGAUGAGAUUUCUCUACGUCUCAGUAUUUUAGAGAGGAGAUUAUACGAACGCAGACGAACUUGGUGAGGUUUUGGUGCCGAUACCACAAGGUGUUACGCUCAGAUUCAACCUGUCAAAUCCCCCCACCCCCACCCCACAACAACAUGUUCUAGAGCGAGAUUAAUCCCACAUCCGCAGGGUAUUAAGCAUUAAGAUUUUGGAGUGCAUGCAACUUAUAAAUUAAAUUUUUUAAUUUUUUUUUUACUUGACAUUUUCCUUCUGAAACAGUCCGGUCGUUACCGUGUGCAUGCUUUUUCCUCAUUUCAUUUGAAAAAAAUUGUCACAAUGUUUCCAUUUUUCUUACACGUCUUUAGAUUCUUUAACGUUUGUCAUUGUAAUAAAAACUGUAAUUCACCUGUAAAAUGCCUUCGAGUUCAUUUAAUAAAUAAAAAAGAAGAAUAAAACUAA